GGCAGCUUUCUCUGUUCCAGCCAGCCAACCAGCCAGCCAGCCAACCAGCCAGUAGUUGACCAUUUUGAUACACCAAGGGCAGCUUUCUCUGUUCCAGCCAACCAGCCAGCCAACCAGACAGUAGUUGACCAUUUUGAUACACCAAGGGCAGAUUUCUCUGUGCCAACCAUUCAGCUAGUCAUCCAUCCAGCUCUCCAUCCAUCCAUCCAGCUCUCCAUCCAUCUAGCCAGCCACCCAGCCAGCCACCUAUCCAUCCAUCCAUCCAUCCACCUAUCCAUCCAUCCAUCCAUCCAGCUCUCCAUCCAUCCAUCUAGCCAGCCACCCAGCCAGCCACCUAUCCAUCCAUCCAUCCAUCCACCUCUCCAUCCACCUCUCCAGCCAGCCACCCAGCCAGCCACCUAUCCAUCCAUCCACCUCUCCAUCCAGCUCUCCAUCCACCUCUUCAUCCAGCUCUCCAUCCAGCUCUCCAUCCAUCCAUCUAGCCAGCCACCCAGCCAGCCACCUAUCCAUCCAUCCAUCCACCUCUCCAUCCAGCUCUCCAUCCAGCUCUCCAUCCAGCCAGCCAGCCAGCCAGUCAGCCAGCCAGCCAGCCUGGCCAGGGAAGGGUAGUGAUGACGGUGACGUACUCGCGGAGGGUUGCUGACGCGGGGCUAGGGACCUUCUCUCAUCUGCUCCUCCGAUGGAAGGGGAGCAUCUACAAGCUGCUGUGGAGAGAACUGAUCAUCUUCACCACACUGUACUACUCCUUCAGCAUCAUAUACAGGUUUGUGUUGAAUGAGGGUCAGAAGAGGCUGUUUGAGAAGCUGGCCAUCUACUGUGACCGUUACGCAGAACUCAUCCCUGUGUCCUUCGUAUUGGGUUUUUAUGUGACCCUGGUGGUUUCUCGGUGGUGGGGUCAGUUUGAGAGUGUUCCCUGGCCGGACCGGUUGGGUGCGCUGGUGGGCGCUCACGUCCGUGGUACCGAUGAGAUCGCCAGGCUGACCCGCCGAACCCUGAUGCGGUACGCCAACCUGUCCGGCGUGCUCAUCUACCGAUCGGUCAGCACGGCAGUCUACAAGAGGUUCCCCACCAUGAAGCACCUGGUGCAGGCAGGCCUGAUGACAGCAGAGGAACAUAGGCAGUUGGAGGAGUUGCCCUCACCUCAUAACAAGUUCUGGGUUCCUUGUAUGUGGUUUGUUAACCUGGCACUAAGGGCCCGCACCGAGGGACGCAUCAACAAUGAUGUGGCGCUGUCAGCCAUUCUCAAUGAAUUAAAUACAUUGCGGACACAGUGUAUGAAGCUAUACAGUUAUGAUUGGAUCAGCCUACCCCUUGUGUACACCCAGGUGGUGACAGUGGCGGUCUACAGUUUCUUCCUGGCGUGUCUGAUUGGUCGACAGUUCUUAGACCCCGCCCAGGGCUACGCUGGUCAUGACAUCGACUUCUACCUGCCUGUCUUCACCCUGCUACAGUUCUUCUUCUACGUGGGCUGGCUCAAGGUGGCAGAACAACUGAUCAACCCAUUUGGGGAAGACGACGAUGACUUUGAAACCAACUAUCUGGUUGAUCGAAAUCUACAGGUGUCCCUGCUGUCUGUGGAUGAGAUGUACGACACUAUCCCAUUGGUAGAGAGGGAUAAGUACUGGAACGAAUCAGAGCCCCAGCCUCCAUACACUGCAGCCAGCGCGGAGCAUCGCAAACCUUCCUUCAUGGGCUCUGCUCUGGACAUCAGUGUCCCCAAAGAGGAGAUGGAGUUCCAGUCCAACCUGGAGCAGAUCAAGGAGCAUGAGGAGGCCAACCACUCUACUCCUCUCCUGGGGGGUCUGAGUCGCCUCCUGGGGGUUCAGUCCCCCGUCUUCCCCCGCUCCUCCACCUCCUCCCGGGUUUCUCUCCUGCGCCGGCGCCCAGGGGCUCCAUUCAGCCGCUUCCUCUUCCUGCACUCCGAGGGGGACCCCUCAACGCCGAGCCAUGGCCCUGGUCCCCGCCACGACUCCAGCCACCCGGACUACGCCUUCUCCUCCAUGCCGCUGUAUGAGAGGUCCGGCUUCUAUAGCUGUCCCCAGACCCCCAUCCACUGUGUUCCCCCCGCUAUGCCUCGUCCACGGCCCACCCGAGGAACUUACGCCUGGGAUCGCAGCUCCAGCUCGCUGGCUCCUCCGAUGGUUGGCUCUGGAGGUCUGCUGCCCCCUGAUACUCCAGGUCAUAUGCUCCCUCCACCCUCCUCUGCCUUCCCCUGGCUGAGUGAGGAGGGAGAGGGUCCUUGUGUUCCAGCCUUCUCCUUUCCUGACCCUGGUAACCUUCCGGAACUCUGCCCCAUAUCAAAGCUCCGGCCCGGGCAAGGCCUGCUGUCUCGACGGCCUCCGCCUCCACGCCUCUCUCCACGCCUCUCUCUGGAUAACACACCGUUGGCUGAGGGCCUGCAGCCUGGACCCAUCAGCCCACGGGGAGUGGGAGGUGGAGGGGAGCGGGUGUUCUCCUUUACCCCUCCCUCUCGCACCCCAGCUACCAAUCCCAACAGCUCCUCCUCUAGUAUCAAUGCCACCAGCACUUCCAACACCACUACUACGUCUAAUGUCUGCAAUGGUACCAACCCCAACACCUUUUGUAACCAUGCCAACUUCAACAGCACAAGAGCAGCAGGUAUCAACAGUGGAACCAAUGGUGGUCUAAGCAACAACGUUGUGAACACCAUUUCCAUUUCUGGAUCCUCUCAGCAAGAAGCCAAUCAGCAUCAAAACUCGCCAAAUGAUUCAGGGAUUUCAUUGGCUGAGGGGGGCCCUCACUGGCUGGGAGCUCUGGCCUACGUACUGGAGGCCUACGUACUGGAGGCCUACGUACUGGAGGCCUACGUACUGGAGGCCUACGUACUGGAGGCCUACGUACUGGAGGCCUACGGACUGGAGGCCUACGGACUGGAGCCCUACGGACUGGAGGCCUACUUGAACUCCUGA